CCAAUUUCCGGUCUCGACAACAACAACAACUGCACACGAAUAUUAGUUAAAUUAAUCUUUUCAACGAUAAAUAAACAUGUUCAAUAGAAAACUGAUUGCUUUAAAUCAUCAGCAACCAAAAAAGUUCAACCCGGAAGUUGAGAAUGAAUUUCGUAGUAUGAUUGUAUGGCUAGAAGAUCAGAAAGUCCGACAUUACAAGAUUGAAGAUAGAGCGGGACUUCGAAACAUUGAGUCAUCGGACUGGCCAAAAGCAUUGGAAAAUUAUGUACAAGAGCUUGGUUGUCCGUACCCUAUAAGUGAAAGGUUAGCUUUAAUAGAUUGGAUGCUAGGUUAUGCUGUAAGACUGGACUACGGAGACGAAGCGGAGAAAUAUAGAUCCACCAAACCACUGACACUAGGUUCAUCUGAUGCUGGUAAAGUUCCACAGGGUGGGGCAUCAACUAAUCCUCUAGAUGCAUUAGAUUUUGAGGAUCCAGAUUUUAAAGCAGGAGUUACUUCCCUUGCAAUGAUGUUACAGAUACCUCCAUAUCAUGAUCAUCUUGAACAGUUAAAGGCAAUAUGCAUUGUAGUAAAAGAAAAAUUAUCCAAGGAGUCAUUAGAUAGGGCAGAAAAAGAAUCACAGGGUGAACAGACAACAAUAGACAGUAUUAAUCUAGGAUUUGACACUGGAGAUUACAUCAUCAAUGAAGCAGCGAAAAUAUUACGGCUUCUUCAUAUUCGGGAUUUACGUGAGCUUCAGUCAAGUAUUAAUCAGGCCAUUGUGGCAGUCCAAACUGUUACCGCCAAUCCUAAAACAGACAGUCGACUUGGCAGAGUAGGAAGAUAAUGAUUGUUUCAUUAGAUGAAAGUGACUCGACUCAAAUAUUCCUGCAUGGGCUAUGCAUUUGUAAUGUGUGUUCAAA